AUGGAAGAGAGAAGGGGAUCGACAAAAUCGAGCAAGGAGGCAGCUGAAAAUCAGGAGAAAUGGGUUUAUGAUUCUUCUGUGGAUCAUAAAGGAAAUGUUCCUCUCCGAGCUUCAACUGGUGUUUGGAAAGCCUCUCUCUUUAUUGUGGCAAUUGAGUUUAGUGAGAGGCUGAGUUACUUUGGAAUAGCAACCAGUUUAAUUAUUUACCUUACCAAAGUAAUUCACGAAGACCUCAAGAGUGCAGCAAAGAGUGUCAACUACUGGUCUGGUGUUACAACAUUGAUUCCACUCUUUGGAGGCUUCAUAGCUGAUGCUUAUUUGGGUCGCUUCUCAACUGUUCUGGUCUCAUCCAUCAUUUACCUCCUGGGUUUGAUUCUUCUAACCAUGUCCUGGUUUGUACCAAGCCUAAAGCCUUGUGACACACAACCAUGCCUUGAAGCAAGAAAAAUCCAUGAAGUGGUAUUCUUCCUAGCCAUAUACAUGAUCUCCAUAGGAACUGGAGGCCAUAAACCAUCUUUGGAGAGCUUUGGAGCUGACCAAUUCGAUGAUGAUCACAGUGAAGAAAGAAAGCGAAAGAUGUCAUACUUCAAUUGGUGGAACUUUGGACUUUGCUGUGGUCUUUUACUUGGGGUGACUCUGGUUGUCUACGUACAGGACCAUGUCAGUUGGGGUAUUGCAGAUAUAGUUCUCAUGGCAGUCAUGGCUACCUCACUGGUUAUCUUCAUUGUUGGCCGGCCGUAUUACCGUUAUCGAAGACCGACAGGGAGCCCCUUGACACCAAUGCUGCAGGUUCUUGUAGCAGCCAUUUCUAAGAGAAAGCUGCCAUACCCUUCUGAUACUGCUCAAUUAUAUGAAAUUUCCCAGUCGGAGAAGGUCCAUGGGAGGCUUUUGUGCCACACCAACAAGCUCAAAUUUCUUGACAAGGCUGCCAUCGUAAGCACAGAAAGUUCAGCUGAGAAGCAAAAUCCUUGGACUCUUGCAACUGUGACAAAGGUCGAGGAGAUGAAACUAGUCCUUAACAUUAUCCCCAUUUGGCUAGCCACCCUACCAUUUGGAAUUUGUGUAGCACAAGCCUCCACAUUCUUCAUCAAACAAGGUGUGGCCAUGAACCGAAGCAUCAGCAACAGUUUCGAGCUCCCCCCUGCCUCAAUCUACUCUCUCGCAGCCAUCGGAAUGAUCAUAUCCGUCACGUUCUACGAGAAAAUCUUAGUCCCUGUACUGCGGAGAACAACGGGAAAUGAGAGGGGGAUCAACAUCCUCCAGAGAAUCGGAAUCGGAAUGCUCUUUUUAAUCGGCACAAUGGUAGCAGCUGCCUUGGUGGAGAAGAAAAGACUAGGGAUUGUCGAGAAAGACCCUUUAAAGGGAUCACAUUCCAUGAGUGUGUUCUGGUUAGCACCACAGUUUGUGAUCAUUGGAUUUGGAGAUGGGUUUACUCUUGUGGGUCUGCAAGAGUAUUUCUACGACCAAGUCCCGGACUCCAUGAGAAGCUUAGGAAUUGCGUUUUACCUAAGUGUAAUUGGAGCUGGGAAUUUUCUUAGUAGCCUCUUGAUCACGGCCAUUGAUCACAUCACUGAGAAGAGAGGGAAGAGUUGGUUUGGUAAGGAUUUGAAUAGUAGUCGUUUGGACAAGUUUUACUGGCUCUUGGCUUGUAUGACUGCAGCAAAUUGGUGCGUCUAUGUCUUCCUGGCUCGGCGUUACUCUUACAAGAAUGUGCAGAAGGUAGCUGUGGCUGAUUGCUAUGACGGUGAAGUGGAAAAUGGAGGUUCAUUGGCAUAAUUAGAUAUUGUAGGGUUGAUAUAUGCAGUGUGUCUACAGAAUAAUGUAACUAUACAAAUUGAUUUGAAAAGAAUCCUCUUUCUUAAUGAAUGCAAUGUAAUCCACUUUACCGACAAUACUAUGGUAAUAAAAAAUGAAAUCGUUAUGCAGUCUUUA